UUAAUUGCUGCUGCCCCCCAAAUCACUGCUAGUAGUAGUACCCGAGCCCAAUACAGUUUGCAUGGAGCUCAUUGCUGCACAGUUUGCCAGCUCACCGCUUGGCUAGACAUCUUAUUUUCUUUAACCUUUUUUCUGCAUUAUUUCAUCAUUUUUCCUGUGGAACUACUAUUUGCGUAGAAGGACAGCCCCUUCAAAGCACACACACACACACAAAAAACAUGUUUCAACCAGCAGCUAAACGUUGUUUCACUAUCGAGUCGCUUGUAGGGAAGGACAAUUCACUUGCUGCAGAGGAACCCAUUCGCCCCACAGCUCUAAGCUACUCGAGUCCAGCCGAAGCAUUCGUCAACAGUUUUCAGAAUCCAGCUGGAAGGUCUCUUUAUCCCAGUCCGGAGCUAGUGUUUAACGAAGCUGUGAACCACCCAUCUCUGGCAGUACAUCCGCACCAGCUGGGACCUCCUCAUCUGCAGCACCCUCAUUCCUUCUUUGGACCCCAGCAUAGGGACCCUCUCAACUUUUACCCCUGGGUUUUAAGAAAUCGCUUCUUUGGCCACAGAUUUCAAGGGAAUGAAGUGUCACAAGAAAGUCUGUUAUUGCACGGCCCUUUUGCAAGAAAGCCCAAGCGGAUUAGGACUGCCUUCUCACCCUCGCAGCUACUGAGACUUGAGAGAGCCUUUGAGAAAAACCACUAUGUGGUGGGAGCGGAAAGAAAGCAGCUAGCCAGCAGUUUAAGUCUUUCUGAAACUCAGGUAAAGGUUUGGUUCCAGAACAGAAGAACAAAAUAUAAGCGACAGAAACUGGAAGAAGAGGGGCCAGAGUCAGACCAAAAGAAGAAAGGCUCUCAUCAUAUCAACAGAUGGAGGAUUGCAACCAAACAGUCAGCCGCAGAGGACAUAGAUGUCACCUCCAAUGAUUAAAGACUUUGAAGAAAUCGAAACCUUACAGACUUGAACAUUGAUAAAGUACACAUUGUAGUCCACUGGACAGCAAAACAUUUUAAGUUUUAAGAGUCCAGCUAUGCCAUUCAAAAUAUCAGGCAAGCUUGGUCAACAAACAAACUAAGGCAGUCUUCUGAACCUACAUAGUUUAUGGAGCUCUUGAAGAAGAAAUAGGAGGUUUGCACUUGAAGAACAACAACAAAAACAGAGCUCAGAAUGGAUUUGCUGCACCUCUUGUUCUCUUUUGAAGUUAAUCAGCCAUAAGAAAGAAAAAUAAACAAAGAUCAAUCAAUAAUUACAGAACAUGUUUUAUUUAUUUAUUUUUUGCUGUAAAUAUAACAUUAGUGUAUUUGUUUUGGUGAAAGAUGCAAGGCAAUUUUGAAACACUACCACCACCGUGUUUUUGAGAAAGGAUCAUGGUUAAUGCUCCCUUUAAUUUAAUGUUCUUUUUCUGUUAUUUUAAGUCACAACUGAAUUAAUUUGAAGCCGGUAGAUUUGAGAAAAGAAAGGAAAAGAAAAUCAGUUGCACGAAUGGUUACUCUUCUUAAUUGCCACCAUGGUUGUUAAGGAAGACAUUUAAUUCUUCAGAGCAGAAUUGAUACAGGACUACUAAACUGCUUAGGGUGGCCAAUUGUUGGAUUUAUAUCUCCCAUUAAAGGUUUACAUUCUGAGACCUUAUACUUUUCCCCCUUCCAUAGCAUCCACUGCACAACAUUCAUGCAUGAUUUCCUUGGAAAAUGUAAUUAUUAUGAAAGCACUAUAUUUAUCACUAUACAAAUGUCUUGGACAGCCGUAAGCAGCUCAUGAUAACAAUGUACCUCUGAAGCUACAAUAAAAAGACUCACAUUACUGUAGUAUAAAGUACCACAGAUACUUGUGUGCAAAAUAAUUUACUAUGAAGGAAACUGAGCCAUAUUGGCGUGGACAUGAACUAAUGUGCAGAACAUAUUUGCAGACAAUGUCUGUGCACUCAAUCCAGGAUCAAAAAUAAAUAUUGCUUGAUAUGAUGCCUGUUUGUGCUACAUCUAUUACCUUAGUCAAGGAAAGAAAGAAGACAAUAGUUAACAUUUAAUUGCUGUUACUUUUGCAUAAUAAUCAUUGCAGUGAAAUGUUUUCAGUUCAUAAACCCUAAGAUUUUUUCUAUUAUUACUUAACUAAUUAAGUUAUGGAUAUUUCAGAGACAUGACACAUUUCAGAAUAGCAAUUAAAUUAAGUAACGAUAUUUCAGAGACAUGACACAUUUCAGAAUAGUAAUUAUGAACAAUAAUACCUAGUAGAACAGACUGAUGGACUAGCAUCUAAGUGAAAUAUGUAUUAUGUAUUAAAGCAUAUUUCUGUUGGGAUUUAUCUGAUAAACAUAUUACUCUCACUGACUGAUUUUUGCACAUUAUCCCCAAUGUAUUUUACUAUAGAAAUUUAAAUAGUAAAUGGAGUAGUGUUUAUAAUGUAUAUUUCCCAUGAUGCUUUACAAGAAAUGUAAAUCAGUUUGGGGAAUUUCCUUCUACUCGUUUAUCACUGCUCAUUAUUUGUUGGCAUUUUUUUUUCUUUGUUGAAGUCCUGCUAGCACAGAGGUAGAAUUCUCAUCCAUUUGUCCAUGUACAGAUUAUGAAGCAUGUUGCAUGUACCUACUAACAAAGCCGAGGAGCUGCACACCUGAGAGGAAAUGCAUAUAGUCUUUAUUAAAUACUGCAGUAUUUGGUGCACAGAAUUAUUAGCAUCUUAGGUAGUACAUGACUUCAAGCACUCCCUUUCCCUCUCUGCAGUUAGCAGGAUUUAAAUCUAUAACUGUACCUGCUGCAUUUACAUGUCCUGUCACUGGUAACAAGACUGUAAUUUGUAGUUGCAACUACUAUGAUUUCAAGAAACCAUACUCCUAUGUACUAUUCAAAGUUCUCAUGUUUAAAGUUUUGGGUGUGUACUCUAGGCCUUCAGAACCAUGUUAAAUCAGUUUGCACUUAGCCCAACAUCAAAGGCAUUCAAAACAGAAGUGGCUCAAAAAAUAACUUGUAGUACAGUUUUUAUUUAGUAUGGUAUUCCUAACAUAAUCAGGGUUUAACUGACGAAAGUCUAGCACACCAGGCAGACAAAAGGUACUGUUUCACUUUGGAAACAUGCUCAUUAUAAUAAAUCAUUAAUUAAGCUUGUAAAAUGUUAUAUGCAUACUCAUUACUAAGGAAAUAAAGCACCGAGUGUGCAUACAGUACAAACCUGGUGGAAUUAAUGGAACAUGCCCACUGAAGGUCUCAGAAUGGGUAUGAACAUAUUAUUUCCAAUUUGUAUUUUUGUUAAUUUGUUUUAUUUUUACGGACUGUAAAUAUUGAUGUUAUGGUCAUUAAAACGGCCUACGUGUCUUUAAGAUUUGUAAGUAUAAUGAAAUAUUUUCCUGCAAUUAAAGCUUGGAAUAUUUGCUAA